GGGACUGCCCAAGUAUUUCCUACCUCAACCUCACUCACGAGAUUCAGAAUCAGCAGUCAAAUCCCGAGUCUUCGCAACCUCGCGACUACCGAUCAUCGAAGACAAAUAUGGCGAGAUUCAACGUCACCCGCAAGCAGCGCUUGAUAGCCACCAUCGGAAUAUCCUUCUCUUUCUUUAUCGCCGAGCUCGUGGUUGGGUUCUAUACGCACUCACUUGCCCUAAUUGCCGACGCAUUCCACUAUCUAAGCGACUUGAUUGGGAUCGUAGUCGCAUUGGUCGCGCUGAUGGUAUCAGAGCGCACUGAGCCAGCGCCACAAGGAUAUACAUUCGGAUGGCAGAGGGCAACUUUGCUAGGUGCCUUCUUCAAUGGGGUAUUCCUGCUGGCGCUGGGAGUCAGCAUCCUAGUCCAGGCCGUGGAAAGGUUUACCGACAUUACACCUGUGGAGAAACCCGAACUGGUUCUCAUUGUUGGCGGCGUCGGGCUGGCCCUGAACGCUCUGGUCAUGUCAUUCCUUCAUGAACAUGACCACGACCACGGCCCUGGACAGCCGCAUGCGCAUGAAGAAGACCACAGCCAUGCUCAUGGACAGCACCAAGAUUCCGCCGAGACGCCUGGUUGUGACACGACCAGCGAGUCUGAAGCCCGCCUAACUCCCAGCUCCAAUAGUCAUCACGAGCACAAACAUACAGCAGUGGUGGACACGUCUCCCGGCAGGGACUUGGGUAUGCUCGGCGUAUUCAUCCAUGUCAUGGGAGACGCCAUCAAUAAUAUCGGUGUGAUAAUCGCGGCAGUGAUCAUCUGGAAGACAGAUGGAGAGGGGCGGUACUACGCUGAUCCUGCCGUUGGCGUCUUUAUCGCCAUCAUGAUUCUGCUCUCGGCGCUUCCAUUGGUCAAGAACAGCGGCGCCAUCUUGUUACAGAUCGCGCCCCGCGGAAUCAACCUAGAUGACAUCAAGCAUGACAUUGAGAUGAUCCCGGGUAUCGAAUCUGUUCACGAACUGCACAUCUGGCGGCUGGACCAGCGCAAGUCUAUCGCAUCUGCCCACCUAGUCGUUGAUGGUAGAACCGUCAAGAGCUUUGCGGACAAGGCAAAGAUCAUCAUGGAGUGCCUUCACGCUUACGGGAUUCAUUCAGCAACCCUACAACCGGAAGUGUCGGCGGCGGGACCGGUGACCCUCUCGGAAGACCCCCGUGAGACGCAGACCACAGCAAUAGAGCUUGGGUCGAGCGUGACCAGCCGGCGAAGACGAGGCGGGCAGAGCCACUGCCAGCUGAUUUGCGGCAGCUUGUGUGACGGGAUGAGGUGCUGUGCGCAAGUCCAGAUGCAGUGAUCAGCGCUCUGACGUUGUUGCCGCCUCAAGUUGGCGGAAUACAAUGGCGGGGGAAGAGGGGUUGGUCGUCGUGUGGCGUUGGUUACGUUGCCAAUCUAGAUCCCUGAUUGUGGUGUUGCAAAAUGGAACCCGAUAUAUCCCUGUUUAGUAUAGGAGGGAAGAUCCCUGAAGUCAGCUGGCUGAACGGCUGAGCAAUGGGCCCUUUGAAGACUGAGGAAGUGGGGGAUCUUCAUUUAGCAGAGAUGGCAUUUUGCGAGGGAAGCUCCUUUGCAAACGAGUAACCUAGGAGGACUGGGUGACUAGACCGUGAACCCGGUCAUGGGAUGCAAGAUAUGUUAUGGGGCAGUAUAGUAAAGGGUGCGCCUCUCGGUGUUGAGAGCCGAUGACAACCCGCAAUGUCCCUAACAGUUUCCACUCCGAUGAGAUGCAGCCACACCAAAGAAGCAACCUUGGCGUCAG